AUGCGGAAUACAUUACCGUCACUGUCACGUCCAACAGAUGCCCCAUCUCAUCCAUCUGACGUUCCGUCCAUCCGCCUGGUCGCUGCUACACCAUCCGCAUCUGGCUUUUCGUCAGAGGCCAGUACAUCCUUGGAAUUUUCUUGGACAGCAGUGCCUUCUGUGCCUUCGCCGUUGGCUCCGAAAACAGACGCUGAGCCCCGCAAGCGACUGGUGCCAAAAAAGUCCAAACUGGGUUUACUCGGCGGGAGUAGCAAAGAUAGACAGAAGGACCGUGGUAAGGACCUUUCUGACGUUGUACGACGCGUCGGUGGAGGUUCAACUUCGCGACGAGCCGGCGGGUUUGAGAUAUACGUUGACCCGACGGACCCUGAGAUUGGCGAAAUUGUCAUGGUCAAGAAGAAAAAAUCACGAGCUGGCUUAGAUGGGCUUAGAUGGGGGUCUGGAGGAGGUGCUUUAGGGGAAGUUACGAAUGUACCAUCGGUACCGCAACCGAUGACGGCAGUCACGAAGAUCAAGGCAGAAGAGAAGGAAAAGUGGUGGACCCUGGGAAGGGGUAGGAAGGAUUCGAAAGAGAAGGAGAAGGAGAAAGCCAGAGAAAAAUCUGAAACUCGACCCCAACCACCUCGCUCGAAAACCCCUGAACCCUUCAAGUUCAUCCCCGAAACCCAAUCCCGAGCUCGUUUUAAUUCCCUUGAUUCCGGCAUGUUGCUCUCCUCCAUUGCAAGUCCUCCUCUAAAUAGUGCAGACUACAACUCGAGGAAUACGUCGACUUUUUUAUUAUCGGAUCGGCAGAGAACGACUCAUCCUCUGAAUGAAGAGCGUCAGGCCCCAGGGACUUACUCUCGCUCUGCCACCCCUACGUUCGGAGGUCUUCUUGCGCCCCCGACGCAAUUCGAUGGCCUCGACCCCUCUCAAGGAAAUCCAAAUCAAAACUCAAUCGCAUUGCGCGCGAUGCGCUCAAUAGCUCGAAUCGGAAGUUGGGCGCAACUCAAGAAUGGGACUGGGCCGGGUGACGAAACAUUCCCAAAGGAGUUGGAGAAGAAAGGGAAGCCGAAGUCCAAAGAAAAGGAGGAAACCAAGAAGAAAUCAAAGAAAGACAAGAGCGAGAAGGAGGACAGGAACAAAACACAGCGUAUCCGUAAUUCGACGAGUAGCUUCGAGGCAGGUGCACUCACCACCAGUCCCGAAGUGAAAGCAUUGCUUGGCAAAAAGAAGCGUAGUAUCUUAGGACUGGGCUUGCCCUCGACAAUGAGACUUCCUGCAGUACGGAGCGGCUCCACCACGUCAUCCAUUGGUGCUACUGGCGGAUCCGACAAUAACCGUCUUUCUGUCGACUCUGCGGUCGCCAUUGCUGCUCGUAUGAGGUCUGGAUCGACUAUGUCAACGGGCUCAUCUCUACGUCCCAUGUCGACGACAUCCUCCACGUCGUGCAUCUCCUCAGGUAGUUCGGCUGCUAGUGUACGCUGGGAUGAGGCUGGAUUGGAAACCGUCAAGGAGUUGCGGCGGAAGGAAAAGGAGACUAAACGACGAAGUAUUGAAGAUGCAGAAGCUGAUGCGAAGAGGAAAAAGGCCAAUCACGAGAGCAGACGUCAUUCGGAAGGAAGAAGAAGAACUCCUAUUACCGAUGUUUUCCCUGAUGCUCAGGAAGAUUUUCCAGGGCCUGCUGCAUUCGUCAGGACGGUUUCUGACGGUGCACCCUUACUAACGCUGGAGGAGGCUACUUCAGACGGACAUGAGCGCAUGAGCGAAGACGAAUUGUCAACUCCUAUGAAAUGUGCGCGUCCCCGGCCUCUUUCUGAGCAGCUAAUGGGAAGAAAACGACCACAAGGAAUUCACGAGGAGGAUGGUGAAGGUGUCAUUUCUAUACUAUCUGCCGCUACUAAUGAUCUUGCUCAAUUGAUCAACCACUUGGAUUUGGAGGCAACACCUGGUGCUACACCUGGUAAAUCUCCAGAUGCUUCGCCUUGGAGGCGUACUGCCGGUUUCCAGUCGUCUGAUACUAAUCAGGAUAGCCCUACUAAGAAGACCUUACGUGGGACUAUGACUUCUAUCAGUUCCCUAAGACCUUACGCUCAAUAUCGCGAAUUGACUACUGCCAAGCCAGCAAAUUCGCAAGACCUUCUCGAUCAGCAGAUUGCUCCUUGGCCGGUAUUGAACUCGUAUCUUCCUCAGAACGAGGUUCCAGCGAAAGAAGCUUCCUCUGUCACAACUUCUAAGGUCCGUGGGAUGCACAAGCGAACAAUGUCCCCUUCGGGAUACCUCCCUGAAGCAUCUCCCCCACCUCCCUUACGUCCCCUACGCCCUGCAAAGUCACGUAACGUCGUCGCUUCAUUCAACUUACUGCCAUUAGGACCGCCUCCCUCGAUAGAUCUCCCAGUACAGCCACUAUCACCGGUCAAUGCAGGACGUGCUCCGUCUUCACUAACCUUUGGGUCUAGGUCCUCAUCUCGAGGCGGCGAAUCUUCGAUUAGCUCGUUGAAUGAUAUCCAUUCUCGAAAUCCUGUCUUCAAACCUACUCAUGGACACAAUAGGAACCGUUCCUCAUUGUUGUCUUCUCAACCUGGCGGUGGCAGUCAGGGUAGCAUUCCAGAGGAAAACUUCACUACGAGUCGUCCUCUCUCUGUUGAAGCUCGAAGGCAGCUUGGUAUGAAAGGCACAAUGGGGGGAUCAGAUGUCUCUGCAUACGCGGUAGACGAUUUGGACACUUCCGAUCCGGAUUCAGACAUCCCUGACGAACUUCAGGUUAUCCUUGCCAACCAAUCUCCCAGGACAUCUGUGCAUUCCAUUGAGGACCAUACAUCCUUCCGUUCACUGGACUCACCGGACGCUCCUCAAGAUGUUUCUAGCCUUGUGGAUCCCGAAUCUGAAUUCGAAAGUACAGGUGGACGGGAGGUGGUUGACUUGCCAGUAUUCCAUCUCAUUGAUGUAGAUGAUAAUCAUGCAGAUCUUGACGACAUGCUGGAUGUAGAUGAAGACGACACGAAGAAAUCGUUCGAUUUCACCGGAGAACUAGAGAAAUUGAAUGAAUCCGGUGGUUCCGACAGGGCCAGUUUCGUAGAACAACUCGAGAAGGCUUUCAAAACUCCAGCUAAAAUUGAUCUCCGUUACGACUUCGGCGGGCAGGGCGGUCUGCUCCAAGUUGAUGUUCCUCCUCUCCCGGUCCUUCCUUCAAUGAUCGCAAUGGACAGCUCAAAGAGUGUGGAAUUAACCAACAGCUCUAUUUCUUCGCAAGAAGCACAUUAUGGUGGAAGUACUCAGGCUACGUCAUCGUCGUUGGAAAUUUUCCCCAUCUCUCGUUUGCUUGACGCUAAGGAACCCACUUUACUUCCCGGCUCCGACAGUAUCAGCAGUACGGACUCCCGAGAUCUUCCUGAUACAUUCGCUCCCAAGGUACUGGAAUCCUCCGUUUCCUCUGCCUCUCGUCCUUCGGAUGGUGAAUUGAACAAAUCGUUCAAAUUUGGAGGAUUUACAAAAUCCUUGUCGCAGGAGGUCGAAUUGGAGAAGCCCAUCUCAUUCUCCGACAUCAUCCCAUCCCCCUCUCGCGUCCGAGCAUUGUCUAACGCUUCUUCAUAUGUGGACGAUUCGGUUAUUAAUUCAAUAAUUGCGAAGGCCUCCGAAGUGCCAGCUGCGCGACAGCUUAAUGAUAGCACAGGCAAACGAAAUGCAAGAGACAAUUCGAUCAAUGCAAUCACUCGCAAUAUUACCUAUCGACACUCCCGACACGACUCCACCAACAGCUUCAAUGGGUUUGACUCUUUCGAAGAGGUCAGACGCGGCUUCGAGUUCCAUGAUUAUCGUCCGUCUUUUUAUCCUCCACCAGUGUCGAAUUCGACUGGGUCUCGCAGAAACAAUCACAGUAAACAGGAAUCAAUGAUGAGCUUUGCAUCAAUAUCUUCUUACGGUCAUGUCGUCAAUGCUGGCGUUCCGGAUCCAUUUGAUUAUGGUCUGCCAAGUUUGCGAGAACGGCCCUCUUCGGAAGAGAUGACUUCAACAUCUUUUUCAAUGAGCAUAGAUGAUACGUUCUCAUUCUUGAAGCAUGCUCCCCCAAGGAAGCGUGUUGAAAGUGAUGCGUCCAGCUUUUACUUCAACGCAUCUGGCCCCUCUAGCAGAGGGCAUUGUCGUCGAGAAUCCAACAUGUCCGUUGUUUCUCAAGGUCCGCCCAUCAGCUUGUACAACCGAAGCUUUGGUCACCGUCGUAACGAUUCUUCGACGAGUGUCAGCUCAAUGGCGCAUUCAUAUGUAAUUCAUGGCGCAAACGGUGGACGUGCAGCAUGGGCACAUCACAGACAGGAUGCUUCAAUUGACUCUGUGGAUAGUCAGUUCUCUGCUAGGCAACUUGGUCGUCCAGGGAUUGGAGACAAGAUGUUUGACACUGCUGCCAACUUUGGGGCACCUUUAACCUCAAUCUCAGCCUCACCUCCAGGAAGCAGCUAUUCACAAUCUUGCUCAUCCUUCGAUUCAAUUAUGGACGAUGAACCCCGAUCAUCAGUGGAUGAUUCUUUGUUUGAUAAGACUGGACACAGGACGAGCCUCUGCUCAGAGUCGGUCUUUGGGUAUGAUGGUUCUUCUCGCUAUGCUCAAGGGCACCUGCUUCCUCAAAACGCAUUCCGACCUGUGUCUUAUUUGAGUAUCAACAGUAUCCAUAGUCCUUCUAAAGAUGAUGACACCAUGAUCAGUAUGAUUGGAGGUGGCCACGUUCGUCGUCGCUCUGUUGGUUCCGUCAUCGAAGCUUCACCAAUUGUUCGUGCAGUGGGUCAUUUGGGGAAGCGGAAACAUGUGGCAUUUGGAUCUGUCAAGGAUGGCAAUGACAAAGGACAUGUUAGGAUUAUCGAGAAGGCUUCCAUCGACUCUACUUCUUCGUCUAAAUUUGGGGGUGAGAGAAUGAUACGAGCCACAAAAGGUCUCUUGGAGAGGCAGAGUUUGGAAGAAAGCUGUUUAAUUGCAGAAGGCGAAGAUUUGUCGGCUUCUUACUCGGUCCCGGUAUUCACGCGGCCCAGUCCUACCACUCGAUCUCGUUCCAGUACCUGUACAUCAUCAAGUUCCGGCGUCGACACACCCCCACUUUCAGCUUCGGAUGGUUCCUCGAUAUCGGGCGGCUCACAAUCAAGCAUCGACCUGGCACAAAUCAACCGGAUUUUGGCCAAUGCUACUCAUCCGAUAUCCAAUAUUGCAUUGCAAAGAGAUAGGGCUCGAGCCCGUGGAGAAGGUCAUCGUCGUCGGAUUUCUCAAGCAAGAAUGUCACGAUCCUCUGUCUACGAGACGAUCGAGGAGGAAAUAUACAGUCCUGGUGAUACACCGCUUUCUCAAUCAACGGCUUCUAAAAAAAGCAGCCCUACCGCCAUUCAGCCUGUGUUUAUAGUUGACCCUGCUGAUAAUGCAUCCAUACAUUCCAUAGACUCCUGGGACGAAGAACGUGGUAUCGUUGCUUUAAGGCGCUAUCAUGAGCUACGUAGCGAAGCCGAAUAUACUGUCAGCGAGAGUCGGCGACUUUGGGUGGACACCCCCUUCUCGAUCUACGCUUUGCAAAGUGAAGACUUUGACCCACCUCGGCAUCCUUCUGGCAUGCAGGCACUUUUGGCUAGUUCAGUCGAAAGCUACGGACCUCUCCCAAUGGACCUGCGCGUCAGACGAAAACGAACAUCAUCCAGACCGUCGCCUUAUCCUCAGGGGAGAUCCGUGCGCGUUUCUCUCUCGCCGGAUUAUCCCCGCCCGGUUUUUUUCAAGGAAACCUCGCCUCAGAUUUACAAUGCUACCCACAACCCGCCGUUGAAGGAAGUUACAGUCCACCCCAAUAUUGUGUUGAACUCUCCGGAUGCCGUUCCUCUUGUUAGCAAAAAAGUCUUCCACCGCGAAACAAACUCUCGGGAACAGAUCAUGCAGAGGCAAGAGAAUGUGAGGCCUCGGGUCCCUUCGACGACUAGGCGUACGGCGCUUGGGUGGUCCAAACGCUCCGCAAAGGUGUCUUCCGAGUUGAAAGAAAAUAAUAGCGCUCUUGGUCAAGGGAUUGGUAUGACCCCCGGUAACAAUUCACUUCGUCUAAGUCGUCCCCGUCCCCGUGGUCGACCGACACCUGCCAGACCUGCAGUUCGGGUCUAA